AACUCAAAACCCUAAAAUCAGCGCCGAUUGUUGCGUAACAUUUCUACAGGAAAUUUGGGCAACGAGUUGCAGAGAAGAAGCAAAAAUGAGCCGUGGAGCAGCAGCAUCCGGUGGCCCCAAGGGCAAGAAGAAGGGUUCGACCUUUGUCAUCGAUUGUGCGAAGCCAGUUGAGGACAAGAUCAUGGACAUCGCUUCUUUAGAGAAGUUCCUUCUCGAGAGGAUCAAGGUUGGCGGCAAAGCUGGGGCACUUGGUGACUCGGUUACCGUCACUCGCGACAAGAACAAGAUCACCGUUAACUCCGAUAGCAACUUCUCCAAGAGGUAUCUUAAAUACUUGACUAAGAAGUAUUUGAAGAAACACAAUGUUAGAGAUUGGCUUCGGGUUAUCGCUUCAAACAAGGACCGCAACGUCUAUGAAUUAAGAUACUUCAACAUUGCUGAGAAUGAGGGCGAGGAAGAGGAUUGAGGUUCAAGGCCUAUGUUUUGGAAGCAUCGUUUGUAGUAGGAAUUAAGCUUGUUGAAAUUAUAUUUCCAUACUUUGUCUUGAAGCUUUCCAUAUAGAUCAGCAAGGAUUCUUUUGGGUUAUGAGAUUAUGCAACUCUUGUUUACUGCUGAAGUUUUAUCUAUAAAUUUUGUUCACGAAGCUC